AUGAAAAAAUUCCUUAUAUUGAUUGCAUCACUUAGUUAUGCUUUCACUUAUACUACAACUUGUAUAGGAAUAAGUUAAGCUCUAUGUACAACUGCUGCAGGGUAUUGCUUUUGGACAGGUACUGCUUGUUAAAUGGCAGAAUGUCACAAAGCUACUGAUGUAAGGGCUUGUAGAUCAUCUACUCCUGCUGGAUUUCUAUUGAGUUAAACUAAAUGUAGAGAGAUACCAAAUAACGAUCCGAAUUUCCUGAAUUAAUGUAUGGAACAUGAUUAAACUGCUAUGAUGUAUGCUUAUGUUAGAUUUCCUUAAGAUAUUACUUAAUUACAUUCAACAAAAACAACAAGUGGUUAUUUAGUUACAACAAUAAUGACUGCAAAAUAUACUUCAUAAUAUAAAUAUGAAAUAUUAACAGUAAACAUUUUGACAGCCUCUACAACUGAAUUAUUGAAUAUUAUGAAUGCCUAUGUCUAGAUGUAGUAUGAUUUAGUUGAUCCAGAGAUUCACCCUUAAUAUUUAGAGAAAGCUAUCUAUGAAUCUAUGUAAGCAAUUAGAGAUGAUGUCACUUUGACUCUUACUGGUACUACAAAUAAAAGAUAGGAUUAUUACACUGUCUUAUGGAGAAUGACAGAUGCAUACUUUCUAAAAUUAAGAUCAUAUCAACCUUUCUACAUAUCAAAUAAAUACUUAAUCAAUUUUGGAUUUUCACAUUUCAAUCGCAUGUCUAUUACAUUGUCAUCAUAAUUUUAAUCUACUAAAGUUUCUUGGACUUCUUAUAAUGAUAAUGGAUACUUAGAAUUGCUUGUAAUUCCUGCUGAAUAAUUUGGAAUUCUUAAUUCAUUCUCAGAUGUUAUAAUAAUUAGACCCUCAAAUUUAGAUGGCAGUGAUGCAACAUUAAGUUAUACUAUAUAAUGGUCUUUUAGUUUUCUAGGUACGUAACCAUCAAGCACUAGUAACAUAUAUACAUUUGAUAAGAUUGAGAUGAAUACUUUCAUAUCUUAAGGAACAGCAAAUUGUAAUACAUCGUCAAAAUUAUGCUCUAAAACUUUUACAAAUCAAUCAACUACAAAAGCCUAUUUAAUUGGUGAUCCUGCAGUUGCAUCAUAAACAAAUACAGGCAGAUAUUAUACAAGAUGUAGAUUAGGACGUUUUAAUUGGGUUGGAUCUACAAAUAUUUGUAAUCCUUGA